GACUCGGUGUCGAAGAAGAGAAAACAGAGAAAAGUAAACAAACGGCAGACUAAGCAGACAAAGCAGCCGGAGAACAGACGGACGGAGACUGAAAGCCUUCUGCGCGCGUCUCUGCUUCUUCCUCUUCUCCUCCUCCUCCUUCUCUCUCUGCUGCUCAUCCAUCGCCGCUGUCCGUACCUCGUGCACGACUCUAUUGGCAGCCGACCGCCGACCGCCGACCGCCGGGCCUGUGCGGUGUAUUGUUUCCCUCCCGCGGCCGGUCCCCAGUCGCAAUUGACCGUCUGCUCGGCCUUUGCUCUUUCUCGCUCGUGGAGUCCGUCUUCGUCAGCGAGUAGUAGCGAGCAGUACUGUGGUCCUUAAAGCCUCAGUUCUCUGUUCUCAGUCCCCACUCCCCUUCCUUCUCUCCAUCCAGUCUCAAUUCUCGCGCACUCCUAGACCCUACUCAUGAAAUUCGGCAAGUACCUGGCCAAGCGUCAGCUUGAGCUGCCGGAGUACUCGAGCUAUUUCAUCAACUACAAAGGCUUAAAGAAGCUUAUAAAAUCGCUGGGAACAGACGACUCGCAAUCCUCGAGUUCUCGACUGUCUAAUAUCGAAUCGGCUCUGCAGGCCCACAAAGUCACCUUCUUCUUCCGUCUUGAGCGCGAACUCGAAAAAGUCAAUGCUUUCUAUCUUCAAAAAGAAGCAGAGUUGAAACUCCGCCUCGCCGCUCUUCUCGAAAAAAAGAAAACUGCAAAGUCAAAGAUCGGUGCCGUCGUGAAAACCUCGGCGACAUUUAUCGCCCUCUACGAAGGCUUUGCGAGAUUCCACCGUGAUCUCGAUAAACUUGAGCAAUUCGUCGAACUCAACGCAACCGGAUUCUCAAAAGUUCUGAAAAAGUGGGACAAGCGGUCCAAAUCACAGACAAAAGAGCUCUAUCUUUCAACCGCAGUCGAAGUCCAACCCGUUUUCCACCGCGAAGAAAUCGCAGAGCUUUCUGAUCUAGCGACAACAAGUCUCCUCGAACUGGAAGCAUGGGCUGAAGGUGAGGACGUCAGCUUCGACCAUAGGAUUGCCGAUGUCUCGCAGAUCGAACGGACGAAUGAGGAGCUUGAUAUGGAGUUUUUGCGCAACGUCUCUCGCGAGUCCGAGGCUGCGAUCGGCGAAUGGAUCUCAAAGUUGCAGCAAGCGCCGGAUGCCUCUGAGCGCAUAACCCGUGUCUUUCUCCAGAGUAUCUCAGGUGAUGCGUCCGAUAGCACUCUGCGGUCUCUAUAUCAAACCGGUGCCGUCGACCUUUCUGCCCGCGACGAUGUCAACGAUCGCACAAUCCUACACGAGGCCGCCAUCUCCAACCGAACCGUGAUCCUCGACCUCUUACUUUCGCAGCCAGACCGAGCUACCGUCGACGCCUCGGCUGCCGACAUCUACGGCCGCACUCCUCUCCAUUACGCCUGCAUCCACGGCCGCGAGCAAAUGAUCAGGCCGCUGCUCACCGCUGGUGCGCCGAUCGAUGCCCUCGACCAAGACAACUUCACCGCGCUUCUGUUUGCCAUUGCACAAGAUCACAGCCGAUGCGUCGCCGAGCUUCUGGAAUGUGGUGCCCGCGUUGAUCCCGCGAGUGAACAGGACUACAUCCCGCUCAGUGUUGCCUGUCAGCGAGGUCUCUACUCCAUCACAGAAAUGUUGCUUCAACAUAAUGCCUCGAUUUUCGCAGAUGCCGAGGGCUUGUACCCUCAACAUUUGAUCGCGCAGGCGGGUCAUUGCAAGCUUAUCCCAUUGCUCAAGGCCUAUGGUGCCGAUGUCAACACUGUCGACAAGCUCAAUGGAUGGAUAGCAUUAUUCUACGCUGCUGGCGAGGGUCAUCUGACUACCGUCAAAGCGCUCAUCGACGCCGGCUCGGAUCUUAGCUUUGUCGACAAGAAGAACCUGUCGCCUGUGUACUAUGCUGCAUGGGAAGGCCAUCUUGACUGCAUGGAGCUUUUGAUCAAUGCCCAGACGUCACAGGGUAUCUCGUUGAACCGCGAAAGCAUACUUCCCCAGACAGCGAAACUGUCAAACACAAUCACUCAGCAUGAUUUUCCGUCCGAUAGCGCGCCUUUAGAGAUGGAUCUCGAUAUGUCGGAUGUGGAUGCGAUCCCAGAUCUAUCGCUGCCACCGCCAAUCCUCCCACUCAGACGAUACGGCCAUAACUUCUUAGACAAGAAGACAUUUAUCGAAAUUGUUUUUGAAGCACCGAUUAUCUCUCCAUCCGCUCUCUCUCCAUCCUCAUCCACCUCGAUCCAUCGCGCAUCGACUGCCGAGUACUCCUCAGGCGGCCAGGGAGUCGGUUCGAUCAAUUCGUCUGUUGUCGCCAACCAACCCCCAGUUCGGUUCUACUCCAACAUUCCUGCUUCUAAACUCACAGUGUCUUCCAAGCUACUCGACGUCAUCCCUCGCAGCUUGCUUCUUCCUCUGGCUGACGACGGCCGGACGUUAUCAUUCCAGAUCGAAAACCUUGACGAGUUUUCGAUCGAUUUCGAGGUCUUUCCGACCUUUGGUUCGCGCAUUAUAGCGAAAACUACUGCGCUAUCUCAUAUAUUCAAGGCUGCAUCGGGAGUCGGUACAUGCACUUUGCCGUUGUUUGAUCUUCGGCUGCAUGUGAUUGGCGAUAUAUCGUUCAAGUUCAUAGUCAUCAAGCCGUACUCCGGCACGCCGUUAGAGAUCACCAAUUACGAUGUAUACUGGAAAUCAACCAGCCAGAUCGACCAGCCCUCGGCGCCUUCCUCGCUUGCCUCUGUGAUUGGCACAAACACCAGCACGGCCGGAAGCGGGCUUUUGAGCAACUCCUAUUCGUCUGCGCUAUCGCUGUCGUCUGGCGGCGCGGUUCCAACCAGCUCGGGGUUCCAUCAUAUCCCGCACUCGCAGGUGCAUUCUUUCGUCACUGCCUCGUCACUUUCGGGAUGCUAUGCGCAAGUGUUUGUGCAGCUUACCAAGGAUAGGAUACCGGUUGUCUAUCCGUUCUGGACGGUCGAGGUCGCUCAGUUCAAAGUCCCGAUCUGCAAUCUUACCUACGAGCAGUUUGAAGCUCUAGGAAUGCGGGAUCCCGAAACCGCAAGAAAGCGAGAGCAGAUCAGGUUCGUGCACAAGGCUUCAGAAGCUUGUGACUUGCUGGAGGGGUCGUACUUGUCUUUAGAGGAAACCUUGGCUAGACUGCCUAUCGACGUCAGUCUGGACCUGGCGAUCUUGUACCCGACGCCUGUUGAGAAGGAGUACUUGAACGUGUCGUCUGCGAUGCUGAACCUGAACGAUCAUGUCAACGCGAUCCUGAACGUCGUUUUUGAUCACGCACGCAAGGCGCGCCGAGAAACAGCACCGAAAGCCGCCGCCGCAGCAGCAGCAAACCCGUCGUCGACCAUCCUGCGCAACCGCUCGCUGAUCUUCAGCUCGUACCAUCCGAACGUGUGCACGGUGCUGAACUGGAAGCAGCCUAACUACCCUGUGUUUUUCUGCGUCGAUAUCUCUGCGACUGAGGAUUCGGUCAAGUUUGUGAGCGCGCACGAUUUGCCGGUGAAGGAACCCGAGGAUCGACGGUGUGGGUCGAUGAGGGAGGCUACCGCGUUUGCGAGCAGUAAUAACUUGAUGGGUCUAAUCUGCGACUCUCGAUUACUGAAUAUGGUCCCAGCUUUGAUAGAGAGCAUCCGAGUCUCAGGCCUGGUCCUCGUUGCGCAAAACAACAGUUUCAGUAAAUACAACGGCGGCCCUGGCAUCGACGGCAUACGAGACGACAAGAUUCUUGAGUUUAGCGAGACUAUCGAUAUGUAGAUGUUCUGCAUUUUGAUACUAUAUCUAUAUCGCUUUGUCCUGCUCGUGUGUAUAGAUGUUUUUGUGUGCAGAGUGUAAGGCACUUGUGUACGAUUUUAUAUAAAGUUACUGGCUGAUUUUUGUGUUAUUUUCUGUGAUUCGGGCAUAACUUGCUUUUCUUUUUGUCAUUUUGUGUGUGUGGAUCAUUUACAUUCUUGUAUAUAUAUAGCGUCCGAUUUAGACCGUUCUCUCUCCGAGCAAAGAUCUAAAUCGACAGCAUUUCUUAUUAUUUCUAUCUAAUGAGCAUCUAAAAGUUAUCAACGACUU